AUGGCAGCGAAAAACAACACCCACAUGUCAGAGUUUCUCCUCCUGGGACUCUCCCAGGAGCCGGAAGUCCAGCCCCUCAUCUAUGUGAUCUUCCUGUCCAUGUACCUGACCACGGUCUUGGGGAACCUGCUCAUCAUUCUGGCCGCCAGCUCAGACUCCCGCCUCCACACGCCCAUGUACUUCUUCCUCUGCAACCUGUCCCUGGUGGACAUCUGCUUCACCUCCACCACCAUCCCCAAGAUGCUGCAGAACAUCCUGCUGCAAAGAAAAGACAUCAGCUACGAAGGAUGCAUCACCCAGAUAUACUUUUUCCUCCUCUUCAUAAGUCUCGAUGACUUCCUCUUGACUGUGAUGGCCUAUGACCGCUUUGUGGCCAUCUGCCACCCCCUGCACUACACGGUCAUCAUGAACCCCCGCCUCUGUGGGUUGCUGGUCCUGGGGUGCUGGAUGCUGGGUCUAUUUCAUGCUUCCUUUGAAAUCUUAGUGUUCUUCCGUCUGUCCUUCUGCACCAGGGUGGAGAUUCCUCAUUUCUUCUGUGAACUCAACCAGAUGGUCAAACUCGCGUGUUCCAACAUGUAUCUGAAUAACGUGGUCAUGGACUGUGUGUCUGUCAUGCUGGGCGGGGGUCCCUUACUGGGGAUUAUUUACUCCUACUCUAAGAUCGGCUCCUUCAUCCGUGGCAUUGCUUCGGCUCAAGGCAAGUAUAAGGCCUUUUCCACCUGUGUCUCCCACCUCUCCGUGGUCACCCUGUUUUAUUUCACAAGCAUAGGGGUCUACCUGAGCUCUGCAGCGAGUGACAACUCAUCUGCCAGUGCCAUUGCCUCGGUCAUGUACACAGUGGUCACCCCCAUGCUGAACCCCUUCAUCUACAGCCUCAGGAACAAGGACAUCAAGAGGGCCCUGAAAACGUUUUUUGUGCAGGGAAUUACAAAGCGGCCAAUUGUCCUCCAGUGA